AUGUGGGAGCCGCGUUCAAUCUUCACAGGUACUGACACGACAUCGACGCCCCACGACACCACGCCCGAACAGCGGAGACUGAACAUCGCCCUGCACCACGACUCUCUCGUUACGACACCCGGCGCCCUAGACCGGCCCAUCGUCCUCGACACAUCAUCCAACUUCCCCAUCCUACAGCCCCCAUGGACGCCCAAGUCGCCACUUGACCAUCGCGACUGGAAUCAACCGCCGGGCUCGGCGCCGCUGCACAGCAGUCGAAAACACAGUGGGAAGCAGCCUGUGCGAACACCACCUACUGUGAUUGGGAUCAAGCGCCCUCCUCUUUUCAGCGACUCCACGCCCGCAUCCGCAUCUCUGCGCUCAACAGAGCCCGCCAGCGAGCCCUUGCACAAGCGCCGAAAAGCGCACGCGCGUUCGCGAUAUUCCCUCGACCGUUUUAGUUUCUCCAGGAGUGCGCAAUUUCGCCUCGACGGCCAACCGACCUCUCCUCUCUUCUUCUCCUCGCGAAACACCCGACCGCAAUUGCCCGCACGCUUCUCGAGUAGCGAGGCAGCAGCAAGGAUGCUCAGUAAGACACGCGAGGACAGUGGCAUCAAGACCGUCACACUGGCAAGGGGGACAUUUAGCGGUCUCAGCCCCCCAGGACCACCAGGCGGUGCCAGUGGGCGCACUUCAGAGCGUUCAAGCGUGGCGCCUACAGCAUCACCUGAUUCGCGAGAGAAGAGUGAUCCGUUGCGCAUACUGGGGUCUAUCGGCAUAGUCGAACUGCUCGAGCAGGAUGAGCGACCAACUUUCAUCGUUGAUACGGGCGAUUUCGCAAACUACAUGCCCGAAUCUUCCCGGUUGCAGAUACUCUUCUCCAACAACGCCCUUCGAUCCAACUCAUCCACUUGGGAGCUGGUAGCAGGGAAGCCGGCUGGCUCUCCGUCUGAUCAUGAUAUGGUGCAUGCGACACAACAAUUCCGAGGGUGGCUGCUGAGCACUGGGGUCCAGGGCGAUUCCUCCGAAGCGAAUCCUUCUCCGGUAGAACAUGGUGGCAUUGUAUGGACAUGUUACACUCUCCGGAAACGACUGCGCGUCGUCUCUGGUACCGUCUCCGCCCCUGCGAUAGUUUUGCCUGCUACAGAUGGUCCCAACGACUUCGCUAUACCUUCGACUUCGUCUGCGGGUCUUGAUUCUGGGAUCAAUGGCGAUACCGCUUCAUCUUCGGCAGAUCAGGGUGAAGCACAAGAUUACUUCGGCAGCACUAUUCCUAGUAAUCCUCUGGGCGAACCAACACCCCCAAUCUCCGCGCCCCAACCUGAACCAGUUCGGAAAAGAUUUGUCAAUCAGGGCAAUGGCAUGAUCCCAAGGCCAUCUCAGAUAGAUAUGUCGUCAUUGGAAGAAUCCUCUUCCUUUGCGAACGAGUGCGUAUUGCGAGCUCACACUACAGGCGAUGUUGACCCGUUCCAUAGGGAAACCAACGCUCACCGGGAUGAAAACCACGACAUGGGCUUCUUCGACUGGACCAGACUAGCAAUAUCACCCUCUCUCCCCAGGCACAUCCAGUUUGCGCGCUCAAUCGAUUGGGCAAGCACACCUCUAGGUCCGAUCGAAUACUGGUCCAAUGACCUUCGCGCUAUGUGUAAUCUUAUAAUGGCAAGUCCUCACCCGGCCGCUAUGUACUGGGGCGAAGAACUUGUGGCAAUUUACAAUGAAGCCUAUAUUGGACUCGCAGGGCAAAAACACCCCGCGCUAAUGGGCCAGAGUUACAAAGUAGCUUGGGCGGAGAUAUGGAAUGAAGUCAAGGGAGUAUUUGCAAACGCACGUCUCACUGGGCAAGCGACCAUGAAGGACGACGAUUGCUUGUUUAUGAAACGCAGCGGCUUUCUGGAAGAAACGUACUUCUCGUGGUCCAUCAUCCCCAUGGUUGGCGAAGACGGUACGGUAAUGGGUCUAUACAACCCGGCUUUCGAAAAGACACGACGAAAGAUCGCAGAAAGACGCAUGCUUACGCUCCGCGAAGUCGGUGAACGGACUGCUACCGCUCGGGAAGUGAAGGGCUUCUGGGACCAGGUGUUAAUAGCACUGACGGAAAACGAGUUCGAUACCCCGGUAGUAAUGCUCUACAGCGUAAACGAUGAGAAUGAUAGUGACUCGUCUUCUUUACAAUCUAGCAGCUUGCUUGGCUCGAAACAGUGUUUUCUUGAAGGCUCGCUCGGUGUCCCAGCUGGUCAUCAAGCUGCCCCUGAGCACAUCGACUUGAAAGAAGGACAGGAAGGGUUUGGUCCAGUUUUCCGGGAAGUAAUGAAGACCGACAAGCCCGUGGUUGUUAGUAUCGGCUCAGGCGACCUACCGCACGCCAUGAUGGAGGGACUGGACUGGCGAGGCUUUGGGGAUCCCUGCAGAGACGUGGUAAUCUGCCCGAUACAUCCCACGACAGGUGAAAACAUACUUGGCUUCUUAGUCAUGGGCAUCAACCCGCGAAGACCUUACGACGACGACUACAACCUCUUUGUUCAGCUAUUGAGUCGUCAACUAGCCACAUCCCUGGCCUCGGUCGUCCUUUUCGAAGAAGAGAUUCGAAGGGGACAGAGAGCAGCACGACUCGCAGCAGAGGAUCGUUAUAACCUUUCGACACAACUUGCCGCACGUACGCAAGAAGCCAGGGAAAGCGAGACGAGAUUUACGCGAAUGGCGGAGCUAUCUCCGGCAGGUCUAUUCAUCGCUGAUCACGUUGGAAAGAUAACCUACUGCAACGACACGUGGUACGAGAUCGCGCGAGUACCAAGAGAACCAGAGAUGACGGAUAGGUGGAUUGACUAUGUCAAGGACGAGGAUCAAGGUCUCAUCCUCGCACAUUGGAAGGAACUAGUAAAUGAGACGACGCCUAUCAACAUCGAAUUCCGCUUCAAAGCGCCCUGGGAAGACCGCAAUCACAACAAGAGUGAAACUUGGGUACUGUUCCAGGCGUAUCCUGAGAAGGAUGAAGAUGGGCAACUCAAGAGUGUUUUCGGAAGCAUCACCAACAUCUCGCCUCAAAAAUGGGCUGAAGGUUUCCAAAAACGGAAGAUGGAGGAAGCUGUAGAGCUCAAGCGACAACAGGAGAACUUUAUCGACAUAACAUCGCACGAGAUGAGAAAUCCUCUGUCUGCUAUUCUGCAGUGCGCCGACGAGAUUAGCACCAUUCUAGGUGACUUCAGAGCUUCAGGCUCCAACGUCAUCGAAGAGGGUGUUGUGGCUGAUUCGAUCGAUGCGGCGCAAACAAUUGCUUUAUGCGCACAGCAUCAAAAGCGUAUCGUCGACGAUGUUUUGACGUUGUCAAAGCUCGACAGCGCAAUGCUCAUGGUAACACCAGUGGACGCUCAACCCUUACAAGUGGUACAACGCGCAUUGAAAAUGUUCGAAGGAGAGGUGCAAACAGCUGGCAUUCAGAUGGAGUUUGUCCUAACCGACUCGUUCACAAAGCUCGGCGUUGAUUGGGUGAAGAUUGAUCCCUCACGAGUGCUUCAGGUACUCAUCAACCUCACCACCAACGCAAUCAAGUUCACUACCACCGAGGAGACCAGGACCAUCAAAGUCGUUUUAUCAGCAUCGCGAGUGCGUCCGUCGGCGAGCGAACAUCCCACCGUUAGUUACUUUCCCAUGCGAGCCAAAAGAAUUGACCAAACCUGUGGACCCGACUGGGGCGAUGGUGAAGAGAUCUUCUUGGAGUUUGCAGUCCGGGAUACGGGCCGAGGCCUUACGCCAGAAGAGAAGAAGCUUCUUUUCCAACGCUUUUCUCAGGCAAGUCCGCGGACACACGUUCAGUACGGUGGAUCCGGCCUCGGUCUGUUCAUAUCUCGCGAGCUCACGGAGCUCCAGGGUGGAGAGAUUGGUGUCUCCUCUGAAGCAGGCAAAGGCAGUACGUUCGCCUUUUAUGUCAAGUGUCGGAGGAGCAGCGAGCCACAAGAAGCCUUGGAAGUACUUCCAACGCCAUCAAUGUCAAGGGAAGUAUCGAAUGCCAAAGACAAGGGCAGAAAGGAACUGCCUUUGCCAUCCAAGAUCGCGACUAAGAUCAAAGACUUUGCCACCGUGCCUGGCAAAGACAGCGUUGUCUCAAAGGCCAAGCCAAAGAAGAGGGAACUCAAAGUGUUGAUUGUGGAGGACAACCUUGUGAACCAAAAAGUCCUUCAGCGCCAGCUCCAAAACCACGGCAUUCAAACGACUGUUGCAAAUCACGGCGGUGAAGCGCUUGAAGCGCUCAAAUCGUCUACUUAUUGGGCCUCGCCCCAUCAAUCUCCCCUGGAGGAUAUAUCGGUCGUACUUAUGGACAAAGAGAUGCCAGUCAUGGAUGGUUUACAAUGCACCUCGCAGAUCCGCUCCCUUGAACAGCAGGGCAAGUUCAAGAGACAUGUUCCUAUUAUCGCAGUCACGGCGAAUGCGCGGAGUGAACAGAUCGCAACAUUGCUUGCUGCAGGCAUGGAUGAUGUUGUUAGCAAGCCGUUCAGGAUCGGCGAGCUAAUACCUAAGAUCGAAGAGCUGGCAAGCAAGUUCGGAAAUAAAGAACUACCAGACGAGGCUUCGCUCGACGUGCCCAUUGGGCCGAGGGAACAGCCAUACGGCGUAUGA